AGGGGCUCUCUUGGUUGAGCUGAUUCGGCGAGUCUUUCUCUCCUCCUUCUCUCCUUCCUCUCUUUUUCUCCAACAGCCAGAUCCGUGUCUUUGCUCAAGCCAAAGAAGUGGGCAGAGAGAGAGAGAGAGAGAGAAAGAAGCAGAGAAAGAGAGAGAGAGAGUCGAGCGAGCACGCCGCGCGAACUUGGCGGAAACUUAAGAGAAUGCGCCAAAAGCCCACGCUUCUGCUGCUGCUGCUGGCGGUUGCUGCUGCUUCUGCUUCUGCAUCCUAUGAAGUCGAGCAGAAUGACUCCUCCGUCAGCCCCAGGAAGGUCAGGCUCGCAGCCCAAAACUCAGUGGAUGUGGUUCGAUGUCUAAAUAGUGCCCUCCAAGUAGGAUGUGGGGCUUUUGCCUGUCUGGAAAACUCUUCGUGUGACACAGGUGGCAUGUAUGACAUCUGCAAAUCUUUCCUCUACAGCGCUGCUAAAUUUGACACUCAGGGGAAGGCCUUUGUAAAGGAGAGUCUGAAAUGCAUUGCCAACGGUGUCACAUCCAAGGUGUUCCUGGCCAUUCGCCGAUGUUCCACAUUCCAGCGUAUGAUUUCUGAAGUGCAGGAAGAAUGUUAUAGCAAGCUGGACAUCUGUGGUGUUGCAAAAAGGAAUCCAGAAGCCAUCACAGAAGUGGUCCAACUCCCAAACCAAUUCUCAAACAGGUAUUACAGCAAACUUAUGAGAAGUUUGUUGGAAUGUGGGGAAGAAAUUGUCGGGACCAUUAAAGACAGUUUGAUGGCCAAAAUUGGACCAAACAUGGCCAGCCUGUUCCAUCUCCUGCAGACCGAUCGCUGCGCCCAGAUUCAUCCGAGAGCAGACUUCAAUCGGAGACGCAUCUCGGAGCCUCAAAAGUUAAAAAUCUAUUUGAGGAAUCUCCAGGGGGAGGGACCUUCACCAGCCUACGCGAAGCGUGAUUCUUCAGAAAGCGUGUAAUGUGCCAUUGAAUGAGUAGAGAAUCCCAGUUGUACCAAACUAAGAAAUUGCUCUUUUUUUUUUCUUUUGCAUUCACAAUACACCAGAAAUGUACUGUAACUGACUUCUAAGGACAUUUAGCCAAUCUAUACAAACAAACAAACAAACAAAAAGGACAUGGCAUAGUUUUCCUGGGACUGUACGACUUAAAGCUUGAGGUGGGGAAAACUGCCUAUUUAAAGCUUAAUAUUGCAAAUGUAGUCAUGCAUAAAUAGUUCUUUCAACAGUGUAAAAUAUUUUAUGAGGACCUCCUUUAAUUGGGAAAGAAUAGUUGACAUCUACUUCUUCUCCUCUACCAUUAAUCAUAAUAUAUUCUGAAGUGGUACAGUCACAAGCAAUUGGUUUUCCAUGUUUCUAUGGAAGUAUAGAUUGGUCCCUGGUCAUUGGCUAUAGAGUUUUUAUUUCUCAUCCCCUGGUCCUGCCUCACCCUUCAAACAAAGUGUAUGAAAAUAGAAUUCUGGUUAGGACUGUAU